UUUUUAAAAUCAGUUUCAGUCAGUAAUGUAUCAUUUUAUUAUUGUUCCUGGGUAAAUCCGUCAAUUGGAACGCAACAAUUUUUAUCAGUACGUUUGACGCAAUGGAGAAGGUUAAAAUUAACGAUCACUUUGAGAAAACUGACGAACAAUGGGAACAACUCUUCAGGAGUUACUUCCGGAGUAAAUUUAUUACAGUUAAAGGUGUACGUCUGCCAGAGGUAUUCACUAAAUUUUCAGAUGAUAUCGAAAAUUUCAAAGUUCGAGACGAUGACGUCUGGGUUUGUACUUUUCCAAAAGCUGGUACAACCUGGACACAAGAGAUGGUGUGGUGUCUAGCUCACAAUGCAGAUCUUGAAGGUGCAAAAAUCGAUUUGUCAGAUCGAUUUCCAUUUUUCGAGCUGUCCGCUAUUUCAGAUUUGUCUGUCAUACCAAGGGAAUUGGCAGAAUCGGAUCCCGAAAUAAUGAUGAGCAUAAAAUUAUGCGAUGAUCUUCCCUCCCCCCGGCUUAUCAAAACUCAUUUGCCCUUUAAACUUCUUCCCCGCGAUCUUCGAGAGGGAAAAACUGGUGCUAAAAUCAUUUACGUUCGGAGAAAUGUCAAGGAUAAUUGCAUUUCUUAUUAUCAUCACGUCAGAAUCAUGGAGGGAUAUCGAGGGAAUUUCCACGAAUUUUGCCAAUUAUUUUUAGCUGAUAAAUUGUUGUACUGUCCAUUUUGGGAUCACAUUCUGGAGUUCUGGAAUCGAAGAAAAGAUCCUGCACUUAACAUUCUGAUUUUAUCAUUCGAAGAGAUGAAAUCGGAUUUGGCGUCUGUCAUCCAGAAAACCUC